UCAGAAAGUGCGCGUUUUUAGGAUUUCAAACGAUAUUUUAGUAAAUAAAUAACUGUAUUUAAAGUUUGAAUUAACAUUUACCCUUCAUUGACGUACAAUAAAGUCCCUUCUGUCAAAAAAUUAACUCGUGAGUUGUCCGGCUUGCAUUCGUAUUUCGUAAUUCCUUCAUCAGUUCCCAAAAUGAUUCCAAACGAAAUGUUUUCUGAAGACCUGAUGGGGACACUGAUUCGUUACGGGCUGUAUAUCGGCGCUGCAUUCCAAAUGUUGUGCCUCGCAGUGUGUGUCACUUUAAGUGAUGAAUCAAGUGAAGCCCAUCCUUAUGAAAAGGCGUACACAGACAGCGAAGAUUGCAGCUCGGAGCAGUCCUCUCCGGGGCAUAGAGCCUCAGGCUCCCGGACCAGACGUCAUGACAAAAAGAAACGCCGCUAGGCACUAGGUUAGAAGUAAAAUAAUUUUCUUCAAUGCAUUUAUGACAUUAUAUUUAAGGUUGUAGUUUAGUUUAGUAAACAAAUACUCAAGAUCUGUUUUGUAGUCCUCAAUUUGUAUGAUUAUAAAAUGGCUACAUUGGUCUGGUAUCUGAAGUUUUUUGACUAGAGCUAAAGAAGCGCUUACACAGGCAACAAUUGCGGCAAUAAUUGCCCGGCGACACGAAUGGAAUCUGGAGCAAUUAGUGGAGCAAUAUGGAGCA